ACGAGCCUAACACAGAGACACACAUUCACUCCGAGAGCUACGAUGAAGAAGUAUAUUGGAAACGAACACUGGAAGUCAAAAUGCCCAACAAAGGAGGACAAUAUCUUCAUCUGAAGAACUAAAGAAGCGAAUGAUUAUUUGGAAAUACUGUAGUCUCCUUCUCUGACUGGUUUACACAUCAUCACCAUGGAUAAUUUGAACUCGAAAGAGUGAAGAAAUCACCGGGACACAUCAUAACAGCUCCUUUGUUUAGUCUGUGGGGUUUUACACGCGUAAUACUGAGAUACUUCCAGUCAUGUCAUGACGCAUCAGACGCGUGCGUAAAAGUGCCAUUCGCGGCUGUGCGUGGACAGAUAUCAAGAGCUCUGGGUACUUUAUUAUUGACAUAUCUCACAUUUAUCAACUUUGAGAAAAUCUAAUGGUCACGAUCCGUGAUAUCAGUCACGAAUUGUGUUGAAAUCAUUGACAGAGUGACCAAAUAAUCACCCGCAGGAACACAGUCCAGACGUCGAGAGGAUUUAUCGCGUUUGCGUUUAAUUCAGAUCAAUCCGGAUCUCCUUUAAGAGUGGAUUUAACACUUCUGAGUCUCACUUUUUUGAGAGAAAGAAGGCGGAUACGAACUUGGUCGCAUUCAUCUCCACCAACCCCGUUCUGUUGAUUAUCACGGAAGAUGAAAAGCUUGGUAUUCGAAGUGCUUUGUUUUGUGUCCAUCCUCGUCUCCAUCCGCUGCACACCGGCACCGGACACCGAACCCCCGAGCAUCAGCCCGAGCUGCGCGUCCUGCGGGCUCAGCCAGACGGAUGGAGGCACACGGGUGGAUGUGGAUUUGUUGGAGGUGGUGAAGAGACACAUUCUGAGCCGGUUACAGAUGCGGGACAGACCCAACAUCACACACCCCAUCCCGAAGGCGGCGAUGGUGACCGCGCUCAAGAAGCUCCACGCCGGGAAGGUGCGCGAGGACGGGAGGGUGGAGAUCCCGAACCUGGAUGGACACUCCACGUCCGCGAACGAGGUGGAAGAGGAGACCUCGGAGAUCAUCAGCUUCGCCGAGACAGACGAAUCGCUGACCUCCAAAACCAGCCUGUUUUUCGUGAUAUCCAACGAGGGCAACCAGAACCUCCAUGUGUCCCAAGCCAGUCUGUGGUUGUACUUCAAGAUUCUCCCAAAUGUUUUGGAGAAAGGUUUGAGGAGGAAGGUCACGGUGAAGGUUUACUCGCAGGAACCGGGACUCGGGAGCAAGUGGAACUUGGUGGAGAAGCGCGUGGAUCUCAAACGCAGCGGAUGGCACACUUUUCCAUUGACGGAGGCCGUGCAAAUGGUUUUUGCCAAAGGCAAUCGCCGGCAGAACCUGGAUGUACGGUGUGAAGUGUGCGAUAAGAUGGGUGUCAUGCCUAUUUUGGUGAACACAGCCGAUGAAUCCCAUCGUCCAUUCCUUGUGGUCCAAGCACGAGCGGCCGACAACAAACACCGCAUCCGCAAACGAGGUCUUGAAUGCGAUGGAAGCAGCAGCUUGUGUUGCCGCCAACAGUUUUACAUCGACUUCCGCCUCAUCGGCUGGAACGAUUGGAUCAUUGCCCCAUCAGGGUACUUUGGGAAUUAUUGCGAAGGGAAUUGUCCGGCGUACAUGGCCGGAGUUCCCGGAUCGGCUUCAUCUUUCCACACGGCCGUCGUAAACCAAUACCGCAUGCGAGGAAUGAGUCCGGGAUCCAUGAACUCCUGCUGCAUCCCCACCAAACUCAGCACCAUGUCCAUGCUGUACUUCGACGACGAAUACAACAUCGUGAAACGCGAUGUGCCCAACAUGAUCGUCGAGGAGUGCGGCUGUGCUUGAGACUUCCAAAUUAUCAUAGUAAGAAACUAAUAUUUAUGACUCAUACGUGCUCACAAAUCCCCAACUCUUCCACGCAUCUUUGUACAUAUAUUUAUGUUCUUUAAUCAUCGAGCAAUUUAGUUCCAGUCUACAGGUUUGUACGAUUCUGUCACGUCAAAGGGAUGGGAUUGCUUUUAUCUCCGUUUACACUUUUAUUGGCAUCGAUGGUCAUCCGUUAGACAAGAGGUUCUUUAGAUCACUAAAAGAUAGUUCAGCCGUAAAUGAAAAUUUGCUGUUAAUUUACUCACCUUCAGGUCAUCCAAGACGUAGGUGACUUUUUUCCUCAGUAGAGCAGUGAAGAAGAUUUUUAGCUGAAGCAGAUAUAUUGAGUUCUUAUGAAGCGAAACAAUCAGUCUGUGCAAGAAACUGAAAUUUUUUUAUAACCUUAUUUCCUACAAUCCAGAGCCUCAGGCAUACUCUUUUCCAUUAAACAGGUUCUUUCAAUGAACUGAUUCAAUUCAAUAGUUUAUGUAAUGAUGCAAUGAUGUCAAGUAUACAAAAUUAUAUUAUUAAAGCAUCCAAUAAAGAUGUGCAACGUGGAUGUUUUGCAUAUAAAGUGACCAAACUAGUCGUAAUCAGCUCAACUUUUUACAUUAACCAUGAGAAACCAUCUAAACAUUCAUUUCACCCCUUCAUUCAAGUUUUUGGUUCAUGCAUGGUCUUUGGUCCCAAUCAAGAGGAACUGGAGCACUGAAUGAUUCAUUCAUCAUAGGAUCAGACACAAUGCUAUUUUGGUUCAUGACUGUCAUCACUGUCAGGUGUCCCAAAGAAAGUUCUUAUUCAGUAAAUGUAAACUGUUUCAGACCAUUCAGUUCAACCUGAUGAAUUGAUUUAACUAACUCACUAAAAUGAACUGGUUCAAAAGAAUCAUUCAUUCGUGAACUGGACAUCUCUCUGGACCGUUUGCCUGGAUUACUAGGAAUAAUGUUGUAAAUAAUGUUCACAGAUUGAUUUGCUUCAUAAGACCUCAAUAUAUCAUCAGGAGACACAGGUAUUAAUUUUGCAUUCCUUGAUAAGUCUUUUUUAAUUUUCUCAAAAACAGGCAGUCGCUGAUCUGCAUUGUUUGAUUCACCAAGGACCACGUUUCAAAACACAUGUUUUCCACUGAAGAACAAAGUCACUUACAUCUAGGUUGGUCUGAGGGGGAGUAAAUUAACAGCACAUUUUCAUUUUUGGGUGAACUGUCCCUUUAAGAACUUGACUGAAAGAUUUUUUGGGCAACCAAAAAUGGUUCUUUUAUGGCAUCGCUAAGAAAGCCCUUCCUUUUCAAACCUUUAUUUUUUAAGAGUGUAGUAAGUUCUUGUCUUUAAAAAUGGAAAGAGGAAAGUUGAUCUUCUCAAAAGACUUUUAUAUCUGUGUACCGCCCCGAUAAGCACUGACCAUCUUCUCAAAGCAACGCCAGCACUUCCCACAUCGAGUCCAUUGAGUGACAACCAAUCCAUUUGAGAGCAUCCAUCUUCAACGAUCAUCUGCAAAGAGCUACAACAGUCCUUGUGCUUCUUGACAGACAUGAGAUCCAUUUAUAAAUCAUGAGGCAUGUUUUGUUAUGUCUCGGUUGUGAAUAUUCAUGCAACAAGCCGAAGACAUGCUUCUGAAACACAAGCGAAUCCAGUGAUCUCGUAAAUCGGCAAACUCUUCAGUUACAUCAUGGUGCAGCAUAGCACUUGCAAAAAAUAUUGAAAAUGCACGAUAUAAAGCACUUGCAGACUUAAAAAUGCCUUUAAAGGUACCAAGUGGCACGCCUCAUUCACGAUUCCUCUGAAAUAAGUGCCGCACAAGCUAUGCAAUGUAUAGUAGUGACCUACACCGGAUGACCCACUUGUUAUGAAACGUUUUCAAUACUUGAAAUGUAAACUUUCGCUUCCUACUCUGAGCGGAUGGUUGUUACAAUGUUUGCACUGAAGUUGCAUUAUUAGUAAAGAAAAAAAUCUGCCAUUGAAAAAAAAAAACAAGAAAAGAUAUUUUUAUAAAAGCUGAAACUGAAUUCUGCUCAAAUGUAUUAUACCGAAUUAUGGAACCAAAGAGGCCAAGAUUUUAGCUAUUGUGAGAUGGCAAUGCCAUCGGAUUCUUUUGUAAAAUACUUUUUUAAUACGCAAGAGGCCUAAACAAUGUAUCAGGGUACAACAGAAUGGAUUCCAUUUUCAAGUUGUUGUUUUGUACAGUAGAUAAAUGGAACAUUUCAUAUUUUUCCAUCCACUUAAUUUUUUUUUCCAGUUUUCUAUUUAAUACUUCUGUAGCGUCUAUUCCAGAAUCAUUUUAAAGUCAAAUACAUGCCAUCACUGUACAGUUUAUGUAAGAUAAAAAUGCUUUUAAAUAUUUUGUUCUUUGUAACUGUUAUGAAAUAAAUUUCUUA